GGGCGCAUGCGCGUAACCCGUGACGAGGCGGGUUUUGGUGUGGCGCGUGGGAUUCGAUUCGAACAGGAGCCUGCGCCGCCAGCCCGCGCGCGGGGCGGGGCGGGGCGGGAGAUGGCGGGUUCCGGGGCGCUGCUGCGCCAGUGCCCGCUGCUCCUGCCUCAGAACCGCGAGGGGAGCGUCUACGAGGGGUUCGUCACCGUGCAGGAUAGAGACUUCCAUAUAAGGAUACUGUUACCAUCAGAUUUUCAGCUUAAAAAUGCAAGGAUACACUGUAGCUGGCGUCUAAAGAAGGUAUUACAUGGGUAUCACCAGAUUGUGAAACAGAGGUUGCAACACUGUUCGGAUCUGGUCAGUUUUAUGGUGGAGCUUAAAACUAUUCUGGAAGCUGCUUUAAAGAAUGCACAAGAGCUGCAUGCACCCCCACCUCCAGAAUACUACUCAUACCUUGUCAGAGAUAUAGAAACAUUGGGUUGGAAUAAAGUCGUGUAUGUAGAUACUGGCCUUAAUACCAUCAAGCUAAAAGGAGAAGACUCUUGUGGUCGACAGCAUCUAAUCACACUGAAGUUAAAUGCAAAGUAUCCUGCAGAACCACCAGAUUGCUGUGUAGACUUCCCUGUUGAAUUUGCUAUCUCUUGGAUUCCACAGAGCUCCUUAGUAGACAUUUAUAACCAGUUCUUGGCAGCAUUAGAAUCACUGAAAGAAUUCUGGAAUGCUAUGGAUGAAAUUGAUGAGAAGACUUGGGUACUUGAGCCAGAAAACCCCACACGGAGUGCCACAAUGAGAAGAAUUGCAAUAGGAAACAAUGUUUCCAUAAACUUAGAGGUAGAUCCCAGGCAUCCAGCUAUGCUUCCUGAGUGUUACUUUCUUGGAGCAGACCAUGUGAUAAAUCCUCUGAGAACUAAGCUGAACAACAACAUGCACUUGUGGGAUCCAGAUAUCACCCUACUACAAAAUUUGAAAGAAGUUUUAGAAACUGAUUUUCCUUCUCGUGCUGUGCUGGAAAAGACUGAUUUCACUAUGGACUGUGGUAUCUGUUAUGCUUACCGACUUGAUGGUGCUAUUCCAGACCAGGUGUGUGGUGAUUCCCGAUGUGGACAACCUUUCCAUCAGGCUUGCUUGUUUGAGUGGUUACAAGGUCUUCCUUCUAGCAGACAAAGUUUUAAUGUCAUCUUUGGUGAAUGUCCAUAUUGUAACAAGCCAAUCUCGGUGAAAAUGUCUAUGAAGAAACUUUGAAAAAAUAACUUGUACAGCUCUGGGUGAAUGACACUGCACAUAAACUCAAGACAUUUUAAAUGGUGAUAUCAAAGAAAAUACAACACAAGGAAUAUUAAUAUCAGAAGUACAAGUAUGGUCAUGGUGUAUUGGUACCUCUCUUCAGUAAAUGCAAGCUUAAAAAUAUUGGAUACAGAAGGACAAGUAAAAUCUCUAUUGGGUUCUUGCAAAGAUACUGGAGAAUAUGUAAUGCUGUUUUGGUGUGGUUUCU